AUGUCUGCUAACACUCCUGUUAAGACUGCUCCUGAAGUCAACUUCUUUUUGCCUGCUCCCGAUAAGCAAACGGGGACGGCGGAUGCUCCUGAGGAUGGUAAGCCGCUCCCCAAGGCGUUUCAACCGAUUGAAAUCAAGGGGGUACGCUAUGCCAAUCGUCUCGGGGUGUCGCCCAUGUGUAUGUACUCUGGUGUCGAUGGCAAGAUGACCCCUUACCAUUUGAUUCACUACAGUGCUUUCUCCCUUCGGGGCGCGUACCCUAUUGUGGAGGCGACCCUGGUGUCGCCUGAAGGUGGAUUGUCGCCUCAGGAUCUUGCUAUCUACAAUGACGAGCAGGCCGAAUCAUUCAGACCCGUGGUGGAUUUUGCUCACGCUCAGAAGCAGAUCAUCGGGAUCCAACUUGCUCACGGUGGUCGUAAAGCUUCGGGCCAACCUCCCUAUAUUCACUUGGAGCAAAUGGCCGACGAACUGGUUGGUGGCUGGCCGCUGAAGAUCGUUGCUCCUCUGGCUGAACCGUUCCGCAAACACGGUAACUACCCCACGCCCAAUGCUCUUACUAAAGAGGGUAUUCACCGGAUUAUUAAGGACUUCCGUGAUGCUGCCAAGCGGGCGGUCAACGUUGGCUUUGACUUUGUUGAAAUCCACGGUGCUCACGGUUACCUCAUCAACGAAUUCUUGUCGUCUACUUCUAACCAUCGUACCGACGAAUAUGGUGGUUCGUUUGACAACCGUAUUCGUUUCCUCCUUGAAGUGAUUGACGCUGUCAGAGAAGGGCUUGGUGACAAAGUUGAUAAGGUUCCGGUGUGGCUCAGAAUCUCGGCGCUGGAAAACUCGCCGGCACCAGGGGCGUGGACGAUUGAUGAUUCCGUGGAAUUGGCUAAGCGCAUUGUUGGCAAAGUCGACGUGCUCGACACCUCGCUGGGUGGCAACAACUCGGUCCAGUUCCGUCGGUCUGACCACAAGAACGAGGAGAACUUACCUGUCCACGUGCCCUGGGCUCGUGCAGUGAAGAAGGCUCUCGGCGAUAAGUUGCUCGUGGCGUGUGUGGGUGAUUUGUACGAUGCCGAGCAAGUCAAUGGUUAUCUCGAACAAGGCUGGUUUGACUUUGCCUUGGUGGGUAAGCACUUUUUGUAUAACCCCGGCUUGGUGAUCGAAUGGGCUGACAAGCUUGGUGUGAAGAUUGAAAUUCCUCCCCAGUACCGGUGGGGCAAGUACAUGCAGAUCAACCAGAUCAUCGAGUUGAUCAAGCGUUCCGAAGAAGCAGAAAACGCAGAAAACGGCAAGGCGUGA